CGAACUCGCACGUCGACGAAGGCACCCGAGUGUUAGUGCAAUGUGCUCGUACGCAUGAACAAUUGACUUCAUUGAAAAGUGAAUCUUGUAAGGUGUACACUAAAAAAAAAUAAAACUGCCAAGUUCGCUCAAGGCUCUGUGGAAGCAGCAGAAUAGCAUCAGCGCACCGAGGAAUCUCAUCAAAGAAUGAGACUUCCAGAUUUUCGUGAAAAAUACGAUAACAACAAUAACGACGCGACAACGUCGACGAAGAUGGAACGCAUCAAAGGCGACGGGCUGAACAUCAAAAUGGCCAUCAACUCGAACAACCUGUACGUAAGAGGCGACGGUUGUCGCGUCGAGCUGAGAACCAACCAGGGCCGGCUGAGAGUAACCGGUGACGGAUGUAGCGUACACGUCGAUCGGAAUCUCGGCAGCGUCGAGUACCGAGGCGACGGCGGCUGCAUAACUUUCGGCUCAGAGUCAAACGACAACGUCGUCUACAAAGGCUCGGGUGGCUUAAUCACGUUUCCGAGUGGACAUCAUCGCGAUCACAAUCGUCGUCAUCGUCCAAGCGAGAAACGCAUUCAAGCGGUGAAAACGAAGACUACGACGACGACUAAGCAGUGCAUCGUUGAAAGUGCAUCGUACAGAGUAAAAACGCUUGUGACGAAUUGUACCAAUAUCAUGUGCGGAGUGUCGAUAACGACGAGAUGAUCGAGUCUCGAUACGAAAUCAAAUUCUUGAAAUUUCAUUUUAUAAUAAUUAAUGUCGAUAACACGGGGAAGCACUCGUCUUGAAACGCACGCGUGUCAUCGAGUGUUCGAUUGAUUUCGGUAACGGUGAAAUCGCGAUUUCGGAUGAAAACGGGGAAGAACAAAUUGAACAAAACAAACAAAAAAAUGGUGUACGUCGUGAACUCGCGCUUACUCUACUGCGGCGCACGACAAUGUAUUUACAAAUCAAGGAAAACGAAAGAGGCACAUAACAGGAAGCCGAGAGUCAAUUUUCCACUCGAAAGGCACGAAUUGAAAACGAGGGCCUAAUUGUUGUUUCUAAAUAGAUCGUGUGAUCUUUUUGUGUUGGUAUAAUACCGAUCGUGUAAAUAAACGCUCUUCUCGAAUUCAUCCUCUUUUUCUCUAUCCCUCUAAUAUUCCUAUACGUGUACUUUGACGACAUUGGAUACACGUUGAUUGUGAUAAAAGUUAACGAUCGGCUUCCGUCGCCGUGAUGAAUCUGCACUCGGUGUGGGAAAAAGGGGUUUGCCGAGUGAAAGAGAGUGCGACGCCGUACCGUCUAUAAUAUCAUCUCAUUGUGAUGCUCGUUGAUAUUAUUGUAAAAUAAAUUUCAGCUCGUCGACUAAUGUCAUUGUUCUGCGCGACGAUAAUCGCGUGCCAAAGUUUAUUUCUGUCUGCAAUAUUGACUUUGAAAUAAGGCUGCACGAUGAUUAGAAAAUUGUUGCAAUUGAAGAGAUAAGAAAAAUCGAUACAUGACGAUAUCGAUCGACGCAUACAGUUGAUUAUUUAUCUCCUGCAGCGGGUAGCAAUUUUAGCUGGCAAAGAAAAUUGGAGCAGCCGCAAUGACCCGUGUGAAACCCAGUUCUACCUGUAUCUGCACGCAUAUAACCAGCUUUUUUUUCAGUUUAUCGAAAUAGCGCAAUCAAGCGUUUUGUAUGAAGAGAA